GCCGCACCGACAGAAGGGCUGCUGGGGCCGAGGAGGCCACCGCCACUGGAGGCUCGGGCUCGGCACUUCCCGGACCUGCGACGAUGCGCGAGCUUGGCAGAGCGCGCGGGCGCGGGCGUGGGCGUGGGCACGGUCGCCGCCAGUGCGCUGCCCCGCCGCGGCAGCGGGGAGGCCGUGCGGGCGGCAGGGGAG